AUGGCUGUUGAUGAUCUUGAUGAGGAUGCUGCCAGAGAGCAAGAGAUUUAUUGGGAAGAGACUUUGGAGGCAGCAGAUGCUGAAGCAUCAGCUUUAGAUUCACCCAAUGUGAAUGUUGACGAUCUGAACUGUGUGAAUUCUUCUGAAGAACAUAUGGCAGUAAGACCUCCACCUUCUAACUCCUCAACUGCAUAUGUGCCACUUAGACCUAUCAUGAAUCCAACCAUGUCCAAGAGACCAAUUAGGAGGAGAAACGUUAAGAGGCCACCACCGUCACAACCUUCUCCACUCAGACCUGCCCCACCACAACCUACUCCCAUAAUGCCUACCACACCACAACCUUCUGUUGUUAGGCCUACAUCACCAACUAACCAACCUCCUCCAAAAGUUAUCAGACAAACAAUGCAUGGUGCAAGUCGAGGGACGACUACAAGAUUUAUGCGAUUCAUGCCAACUCCACCAUCCACAAUUCAAACAGCAGGCAAAUGGCCAGCACCUGGAAUCUGCCCACCACCAGAAGCAUCUUCAAGUAGCAACAACAACGGAGUUUCUAGUGGCAGCAGCAACUCCACACCCAACAAAUAG